AUUGUUUUCUUUUCAUUUCGCAAGUUCUUGGUUCUUGCGGUUCUUGUUGCUUUUUUCCUAGUACAUUCACCUAUGCCUUGCUACACACUUUUUCCCCACUAACUGCUCUGAAAGGAUGGCCGAGUUUUAUUGUGCUCCAUGUAAGGUCCAAUUGAACUCGAGAUCUCAGUGGGAGUAUCAUGAAGGUGGCGUAAAGCACAAGAGAGCUGUCACUGUGAGUACUUCAGAAGUCGACAUCUCAGCAGCAAUUGUCUUGCCUGAUGGAUCUUUCAAGUGUAAAAGCUGUGAUGAUUUUGUGUGCUCUGGGCGUAUACCUUUCGAGCAACAUUUAGUAGGUCAGAGACAUUUGAAAAACUUGAAAGCUGUUUCUGUAAUAAGUCCUUCCGAAGUUAACAUUUCAGCAAUUGUCUUGCCCGAUGGAAGUUUUAGGUGUAAAAGCUGUGAUGACUUUUUCUGUUCUGGGCCUAUACCUUUUGAGCAACAUUUAGCAGGUCAGAGGCAUUUGAAGAACAUCCAGCGUCACAGAGAGUCUACCAAGUCAAGCUCAAGCUCACCUGUCAAGUCACCUCUACCUGAGCUACAAAUUACUUCUCUAGUUAACUCUACUCCAGCAAUGAAUAAUGGUUCCUUACCAAUUAUAGCAAGUCAAGGGUCUUCUGCAUUGCUACAACCAGAUGGAUCAUACAAGUGUAAAGUUUGCCCUGGCUUUAUUUGCUCAGGCCGCAUACCGAUGCAGGAUCAUUUGAAAGGGAAAAGUCAUUUGAAGAACUUGAACAAUUUCCCAGAAAGAAAAUUUGCUUUCGAGCAGCUGAGCAUUUCCACUCCUGAACCCAAAGACGAUUCUAUUCAGAUUUCUUCAACGGUGGACGAACGGAUCGACAAAGCGUGGAAUCACCAGACCAUUUGCGGCUACAUCUACGAUGAAUCAUUUUCAAUUCUGUCUAUCGAGAAGAAGAUUGAAGAGUUGAGCCCACAUUUUGCUUUUAUCGGUCAAGACGAUCCUAUGCCCAAUUUUGUCAAGCACUUGAGUACGUGGUAAUUGUAAUUUCUAAAGCAUAGCAAUACUUUUGUUUACGCACUAUACUGGCC